AUGGUCACAGUUGAAUUCCGACUAUUUAUCUCUACGUUUUCGUUUUAUUUAUUAAUUAUUUGGUCAGUGGUAAUCCAAAGUGGAUUCCAUUCUUAAUUACUCCAUGUCUUCUGCUUCCUUUUGGGUCAUUGGUUAGAAACAAUGCAAUAAAUAAGGGUAAAGAAAAGAAGUAUGAACCCAAUGAAAAGUAAAUCAACCAAGUUAUGCUAGGUCCUUGGUGUCUCUAUUGUCUAAACUAAACUAAACUAAACUUCCACCAAUACUUUAAAGAGAAUUGAUGAAAAAGUCAACUGGGAAGAUGGGAAAACAUCUAGAACUUGACGUCUGUGUCCUUUUCCAUUAUGGCGUGUGAACAAGGGGAAAAGGUGAAGGGUAAAAAGGGCUUGAACUCUUGGUGGUUGAGGAAGUUUCUUUUUUUAUUUGAGAGGUUUGAAUGAAAAUUGAAAACUAUGGGAGUUAACCAGGAGUUGUAGACAAUGGGUGAAUAUUAAAAAAAAAAAACAGAAAUGAAGGACUAAAGGAUAGAAAUUGAUUAUGGUUGAAGAUUUUGUGCUUGAAAAGUGACUGUUUUGAGGGAGAGAGGAGAGCUGUUUUAAAAUAAAUUAUGUUCGUUUUAUCCCUUCAAGUCAACUUGCUACAAAAGGGUUGUGUUUUUUGGAUGGUGUUCUGGGAUGUGUUAUAAAUAAGUGGAGACGAUAUUGGUGUAGUGGGAUUUCAAGUUUACACUGGUUUGGUGAAAUGAAGGGUGUUCUUUCCAUCAGCUUCUUGUUUUGUUGCUUGUUUCUGCUUUUGGAUUCUUCGAUUUCACUUCCACUCUGCGUUGAUUCAAGGGCACCCCUUACCCUGAACACGACACUUGGAUUUUGUCCUUACAAUGGAAGCACAUGUUGCAACUCCACAGAAGAUGCACAGAUAGAGAAGCAGUUCCGAAUGAGGAACAUAUCUGAUCCUGGCUGUGCCGCAGUUUUGAAGUCAAUACUUUGUGCGAGGUGUGACCCAUUUUCAGCAGAGCUAUUUACAGUACAAUCCUCCCCUAGAUCAGUUCCAGUGCUUUGCAAUUCCACCAUACCAGCAAAUUCUUCUCAGUCAAAGACAGCAGUGGAGGACUUCUGCUCUCAAGUAUGGGACACGUGUGAAAAUGUAUCCAUAGUGAAUUCUCCAUUUGCCCCUUCAUUACAAGGUCAAGCAGGAGCACCAGUUCAUACCAAUGCUACAAAAUUGACUGAUUUAUGGCAGUCCAAAACAGACUUUUGCACUGCAUUUGGUGGAUUAUCUGAUAAUUCAUCCAUGUGCUUUGACGGAGAACCAGUUUCUCUAAAUAAAACUGAGGUUCCUGUUACACCCCCACGUGGCUUGUGCCUUGAGAAAAUUGGUAAUGGAUCUUAUCUCAACAUGGUGGCUCACCCUGAUGGCUCUAACCGUGCAUUCUUCUCUAAUCAAAUGGGUAAGGUCUGGCUGGCAACACUUCCAGAUGAGGGAUCAGGAGGGAAAUUGGAGCUUGAUGAAUCGAGUCCCUUUGUUGAUCUAACUGAUCAGGUUUAUUUUGCUACCCAAUUUGGAAUGAUGGGCAUGGCAUUUCAUCCAAAUUUUGCGCAAAAUGGGCGAUUCUUUGCUUCAUUUAACUGUGAUAAAUCCAAGUGGUCAGGAUGUACUGGAAGAUGUUCUUGUAAUUCAGAUGUUAAUUGUGAUCCUUCAAAGAUUGGUACUGAUCAAGGUGCCCAACCAUGCCAAUAUCAAACUGUUAUUGCAGAAUAUUCUGCUAAUGGCACAGCAUCUCAGCCUUCUAUGGUGGAAAAUGCUAAACCAACUGAAGUGAGAAGAAUAUUUACCAUGGGCCUCCCAUUUACAGGUCAACAUGGAGGUCAAAUACUCUUUGGACCUGAUGAUGGGUAUUUAUACUUCAUGAUGGGAUAUGGAGGAGGUUCAGGUGAUCCAUACAAUUUUGCACAAAACAAGAAAUCUCUUCUUGGAAAGAUUAUGAGGCUUGAUAUAGACAACAUCCCUAGUGCAGAAGAAAUUAGUAAACUUGGGCUUUGGGGUAACUACUCCACUCCAAAGGACAAUCCAUUUAGUGAAGAUAAAGAUCUGCAACCUGAAAUAUGGGCCUUGGGACUAAGGAAUCCUUGGCGCUGCAGUUUUGAUGCAGAAAGACCUUCCUACUUUUUGUGUGGAGAUGUUGGACAGGAUGUUUAUGAGGAGGUGGAUCUCAUCACAAAGGGUGGAAACUACGGCUGGCGUGUUUAUGAGGGUCCCAAUCUAUUCCACCCUACACAAUCACCUGGAGGAAAUACUUCCCUAAAAUCCAUUAAUCCAAUUUUCCCAAUAUUUGGAUACAAACAUACUGAAAUAAACAAGAAUGAAGGAUCAGCAUCCAUUACCGGAGGAUAUAUGUAUCGAUCUACCACUGAUCCUUGCAUGUAUGGAAGGUACGUGUUUGGGGAUCUGUAUGCGGAAGCAAUGUGGGCAGGGACAGAGGAGCCAGAAAACAGUGGAAAUUUCAGCACUAGCAGAAUUCCAUUCAGUUGUGCAAGUGAUUCUCCAAUACAAUGUGACGCAGCACCUGGAAACUCUCUUCCUGCUUUAGGCUACAUCUAUUCAUUUGGUGAAGACAAGAAGAAAGAUGUUUAUGUCCUUGCAAGCACUGGCGUUUACCGCAUUGUUCGUCCGAGUCGUUGCAGUUAUGUUUGCUCACUGGAAAAGGCAACAACUACUACAACCUCACCCCCUUCUCCUUCUCCUUCUCAUGCUGGCCAUAGAAGUAACCUCUCUCUAUAUAUGUUUUUGCACUUUUCAUCUUUGUUGUUGCAUUUGUUGGGUUUCAUGUAGAAUGCUAUGAUUUUUGUAAAUUACGUAGAGAUCGCAGGCGCAUGUUCGUUUCCGCCUUUCUUCUUUUGCACUCCUUAUUUAUGCUUCAUUAAUAAAAGAUAAGUGAGCACAAAUUCU